AGUGAUGACAUUGUCAAUGUCAAAUUGCCGUGGAAAGCAAACCUAACCUAAAUCCCAGCCUGGUUUCUAAGCUAAAAUUCGUUUUAUAUUUUUAUACUUUACCCCAUUUAUCUUUUUUAUGACAUGCAGUGUUUUCCAAUUGAAAAACGCUCUUUUGUAUGCGGCAGUCCAUUAGUUGAAUAGAGAUUGGUUGAACAAAUAACUACAAAAAUGGACAGUUUACUGGGUUAUUACUCGGAAAAGUUCGCAUCAAUUGAAGGAAAUAUUUUUGAAAUAUUCUCACAGUUCUACAAUUUAGAUCUGUCUCCAAUCGACUCAUGGCUUGAAUCGCACUUUAUAAAUAUAAUAGAAAAGGAUGAUAAAACAUCUACACAUUACAGAAAGGAGGGAAACAAAUGCUAUGCCCGCAAAGAUCUUGUAAAGAGUUUAAAAUACUAUACGAAAAGUGUAUGCAAUGCCACUCCUGGUAAUCGAGAGUAUGCCUUAGCAUUAGCCAAUAGAUCUGCAGUCAUACUUGAGAUGGGAGCUUAUGAGAAUUGUUUGAGGGAUAUAGAACAUUGUUUAAAAGCAGAUUAUCCAAAUGAAUUGAAACCAAAAAUACAUUUCAGGAAGGCCGAGUGUUACUUAGCUUCAAAUCAAAAAGAAUAUUUUGAAAAGUGUGUCGCAGAGCUGGAUGACUUGCUGGGUACUAAUGCUCAAAUUGAAAACAAGGAUAAAUAUGUAGCGAGACUUAAUAAUUUGAAAAAAGGUAAAAUGAAAAAUAAAAUUCCAGAAGUAUCACAAGAACAUCCUAUUGAACUGCCCACAUUUAGUGAAGGUGAAAAUAUAAAUUUUGCCUAUGCUUCUUCUAAAAUUAGGAUCAGUUAUGAAAAAUCUAAAGGCAGGCAUGUAAUAGCAAGUAAAAAAAUCCACAAAGGAGAGCUGCUUUUUAUAGAAAAAGCCUUCAUAUUUGCACCAGUUUUUAAGGAGGAUAAAUGUUUCUAUCCAUUCAAAUGUUACAACUGUUUGAAUGAUGUGAUAAGUAGUAUACCGUGCAAGUCAUGUACUUUGUGCAUUUACUGUAGUGAAAAGUGUUUAGCUUCAUCUUGGAAUGAGUGUCAUAGAUGGGAAUGUGUUGGAAUGAAAGGUAGCAUUUGGUAUGACUUAGGGAUUGCCUUUCCCGCAUUUAAAGCAGUACUUAAGGGAGUCAAGUCAGGAUUCAAAACAAUAAAAGGGGACCACUCUGAGGAUUUAAAGAAAUUUGGUGACAAACAAGACAACUAUCCAUAUUUCAACAGGCUAAUAUCACAUAUUUAUAAGACAAAAAAUGCAGCACCCUAUGUUGUGAUGGCAGCUGUAGUGGUUACCUAUCUAAAAAAGCACACAAACUUUUUCCCGUGGUUCUUAAAACAAAAAAAUUGUCCAAAAAGCAACAUGGUGGAUCUAGUCAAUUACACAGGUGGUCUGAUCACAAAGCAUAUUGCACAGCUAACAACAAAUUCCAGUAUUAUAGAGCAUUGGACUUAUUCAUCCACUGACUUGCUAUUUCCAGAUAUACUCGUUAAUGUAGCAUGUGGAAUGUUUCCAUCAGUUAGCAUAAUGAACCAUUCAUGUAGGCCAAAUGUAACUAACUUCUUUAUCUGUGAUACUAUAGUAGUUAAAGCCUUAGACGAUAUAUCAGAAAAUAAAGAGAUUUAUAAUUGUUAUGGAAUUGAUUAUCGAAUUAUGAAUAGAGAACAAAGACAGAUGGCUUGUAGGAGUUUAUACCAUUUUGACUGCAAAUGUGAAAUUUGCACUAAUCCAUCAAAGGAAGUGGACGUGUUGGAUAGUUAUCUUUGUCCAAAAUGUAAAAGUUUGAUACCAGAUUUACCUGAUAGUUCGUUGAGUUUUUGUGUUAACUGUGGAAAAGAAGUAUUGCUAGAACCAUUAAGGAAAACAAAUAAGAAUGCUCAAAAAUAUCUAGAAGAUAAAAAUGACAAUCAGCUAGAGAAUUUAUUAAAAUGUCUCAAACUGCGAAAAGAAAUAUUGUACAAACAUCAUAAAGACUUUGAGGAUGUCUAUUACAGUCUGUAUAAUUUUUUUGUAGGAACUGGAGAUGCAGAAAAUAUGUUCAAAUAUUUCCAUUUUUGGCUGCAAAAUGAAAAAGCAAGAAAAGGAGAUAAUUCUAGAGGUGUUGGAACUAAACUAUAUGAAGCUGCACUGGCUAUAUUACAUUGUUUGCAAAAUAACAAUCCCAAAAACUGUUCAAACCUCAAGUAAGUAUUCCUGUAUAAAGAAAUUGAUAGAUUACGAUAGUUUCGAUCCCGAUUCCGAUUCUUGUGGUCUCGAUUCCGAUUCCAGAAACUGGGCUGAACCAUCAGGAUGCCGGAGCUUAAAACGGGAUUGUAUUUGAUGAACUGAUUGAAAGGAAAUUCUCGCACUAAUGCUUUGACGAUCUGCGAGGUCGGUAAAUAAAGCGAUGAGACUGGCAACACUGGAGGCGCCGGGCUUGAAGGGUAGACAGGGAAACAUGUGAUCCGCUUUCAGUACAAGUUUGAACUCGCUCGAGUCAUUCGGUUGUCCGUACGAUUUUUUUUUUGUGCAACAAAUGUGUGUGCUGUCAGGUUUUGCUUCAGUCUUGGGCACAGUCCA